CCGGACUUGCUAGUAAGAACCACAAUAUGAUAUAACGAGCCUACCUUGCAAUAUGCAAUAAAAUAAACAAACAGAAGUAAUUAAAAUCUGGAAAUAAAAAUGAAAGGGUAUCCAUAAAAAUAAUAGAAAGUCAUAAAAAUUACAAAAAAUGAUAAUGCACAGCCGAACUAUCUAAAGUUCCCAACUUUCCUCUUUUACCAUAUUUUCAUUGGAAUCGUUUAAGGCAUCGAAUUUCCUUUGUAAGGAAAGACUUCGCUCACCAUCUGUUGGAUGGAAUGAAUCACCUAAAGAAUGGGGACUAAACUGAAUUGUUUUUGGAGGUGACAUUCCAUUUGGCAUAAGACUAUCGUUGCUUUCAUGUUCGAAUUCUGAAAACAUAGACAAAGCCGAUUUUGAUGCUUUUUCUCCAGGCGUUGAAAUCGUUUCCAUUUUCAUGGCAAUUGGGGAAGGAGACAUUAACGGAGAAGAAUCAAUGUCCAUGUCUUCGUAUUUCUUCCUUUCGUGGGGAGUUACUUGGACGUGCCAGUUUGUAUCCAGUACUCUAUGCAAUAGAGCACUACGUCCAGUGUGCUGAGGAUUGGCAGUAUUGAUCUUUCUAGCUGGUGUUUGCAAGCGUGCAGGUAUCGGCGUUAGCGAUGCAUUUUCCAAUGAGAGAUUUUCAAAGGUUGUGUCUUUCUUAGGAGUAGACUGAGUAACUUGUUCAUCCUUGACUUCUUUUGGUUCAAACGCCUCUUGUCUAAAAGAAGAAGGAACGUUUUGGUAAAACAUCUCUGUGGUAUCCUCGUUUUCCUCAAUUUUGGGAUCCGUACUGCUCAUAUAUUUUAAAUCAGAGGGAACAAAGUCUUCUUUUUGCUUCUCUUGCCCUUGAACUGGUUCUUCAACUCCAGAAAGAGAGACACUUGCGCUUGCUUCAAAGAAUUGCUUCCAAAACUAUUUGCAUUAGCAACUUCCACGUAAAUCAACCAGACACUUUAUAUCUUUAUCAUACACACCUUUGAUGACUCCCAUAUAUUAUUGCAGCUUUUUGCGUAGUUCUCGACGACUGGAAGAAUCCGAGUUGACACUGUUCGAUUGCAUUUCGCGAAAUUGGCAUCAAUUUCGUAUAAUGCCAAUGUAAUAGAUUGUUCCAAUCUUUCUAAUCUAAAAAACCAUUCUCAGUUAGAAUAUAUUCCUUUUUUCUUUCUUUAUACCUUUCCAGUUGACUCAUGGACUAAGCAUUUACGAAAUGAUUUUUCUUUCACUUCACUGCUACGGAUAAGUCUAGUACAGAUUGAAGAACCGAAAUGAAAUGAAGCGAAAGAAAAGAAAAGAAAUAGCUAUAGAUUCUUAAAAAAAAAAUCAAUGAAGAAUUUAAUCAUUUAUUUAUAUCUGUGUGUUCUACGUCACAUAACAAAGUCUCAUAUGUGAAUGUGUUUCUAUAGAGUUGCUUUGUUUUGCUUUUCCAUAUCUGUUUUAUUGAAUGUUAUAUUGGUUUUAUUUACGAAUUUGAUUUUUGGCUCGACAAUGUUUAUUUUGUUCACAGUUUAUUGUUGUUGCGCUAUUUAAGAAAGAUGUAAACAACCAUUAUACCUGUCUUCUGCCAGUACCUAAAGGGAUUAAAAAGAUGAAGAAUGGAUUGGAGAUUGGCAAAUCCUUUAGCAAUGAUGAAUUGCACCUGAAUGGCGGAAGCCACAAUCGACUAAACACUGCAUCCUCAGAUGGUGCUAGUACCGCUGUUCACGACAGACCUUCAAGUCGCAAUCUAGGACUAUCCUUCUCCAAUACCAAUCUUAGUACUGUUCCCCCAAAGUCUGCCUCCACGGAUGCAAGAUUGAGUCCAUCAUUCUCCAAUACUAACCUCAGUACUAUUCCCCCAAAGUCUGCUUCUACGGACGCAGGAUUGAGUCAAACUACUGAGGGUAAUUCAUCGAUCUUUUCCAGAGGGGCCAGUAAGAUAUAUCAAGCUCUUCAGUUUAGUACAAGCAGUUCUUUACCUUUGACUGUUGAAACUAACUCAACUGGCUCUUUUAAUGAACCAAUCGAUGACCCAGUGUACGUACCUGUCCUUAAACAAAUUGGAGGUUUUGAUGAAAUCAGGGACAACCUGGUGCUAACAGAUCCCAAUGUUGAUGUCAAAGAUUAUGAUGUGAAAUUCAUGUACCUUCUCAGGAAGUAUCUAUUAGAUGGCCCUGAUUGUGGUUUCGUUUUUCAACAUGAAAAGCAGAUGCCCGAUGGACCAAGAGUUGCAUCAGCAAAGGCCCAUGCUGCUUUAUCAGAAAAGCUAUCAGCUUCUACGCCAAAUUCAAGUUUUUCUGAUUUCCGCAGCUCUCAGGCAUCUGUCCGUGAAGGCUCUUCCGUUGGACCUACUGCUGAAAGUGUCAAAUCGGCGUCGACUAAUCAAAACACCAAGUCUUUAAGUCAUUCUGUUCAGGUGCAGGAAACGAACGAUCGUCUACGAGCGGUAUCUCAGCUAGAGGCCAUACGCGAGGAAACCUCAGCUUCAGUGAUGAGAACUGAAGACUCUAGUCUGUUUUUGACCGAUUCUGAAACUCCGGAUUAUCAUUUAGGUAAUGAAUCGAAACGCAAAGAGAUUCUCGAUUCAUAUGCUGAACUUGGAAAAAACAAUGACAUGAUUGCUGGACAUACUCUUAAAAAUACUUAUUAUUUCGUAUUUACGGAUGAUAGUCUUCUUCCUUUAGAAAGGUUUGAAUACACACCUAAAGAACUUGCUUUAUUUAAUAUUCAACAAAAGGCUUACCGUUGGACAUUUCGAAAAACACAAGAAGAACGAUUAGUUCACUGGGAGCAGAUGCCUUUCAAGGUUGAAGAUAUUCAAAAUAUCCCUUUCAUUGUUGAAGACAGUACAAUCGAACAAAAUAAACCGGACAGGCCUAACUCUAUUCGAGAAAUUGCUUAUAUGGAAACUCGAUUUAUUGCUUUAAUCUUUCCAAACGAAUUGCAGAAAAGGAAUUUUGAGAUUCAUCGUACAAUAGCAAGGGCAAGAGAUUUCCAAUCGCCCAAAGGUAGGGAAGAUGAAAUUGCGUAUAAGACCGAAUUGAAACAAAAUCCUUCUAAAUUUCUUUAUGAUCUGGAUCUUAUGGAGAGUCUACCUUCGAGUCAAAGGCGUGCCCUUUGGGUUGAACUCGCUGACUUUUCGUCAAAACAAGAAACUGAUCCCUUAUUGUCUCUCUGGAAACGGCAAGUGAUUAAUUGUCGAAUUGGACAUCCCAAACUUCACACGGUCCCUAUUUCGGCCUUCUUUUGCGUUGAAAACCAACCACGUUUAGUUGGUGUGAAAACGGCUACUGCUACUUCUUUUUUCUACAUUGAUAGAGAUUUUACAAUAUAUGAUUCAAAAACACAGGCUCUUUUGAGAAGUGCUCCAUCUCGGUCUGCUCAAAACUGGCUCCUUAUAAUUCAACACUUGGAGUUUCUUGGCAGAUCUUUUCCUCAUCUGAUUCACCUUGACAAGUAUUACGGUUUUCUUGACUAUCAAAUGGACUACUUCAAAACUUAUACGGAAAACAAUUUGGUGCAACCCGUCAAAAGUACCUCAAAUCUCCAAGAAAUGAUUAUGCAGCAAGUUUGAGUGUCUAUGCAUUCAAGUUUUCGCCUUACAUUCACGGCUUUAAAAUACGAAAGCUGAAAGUCUGAAUGCCAAAGCGUUAGAAAUUUACGAUUGUUUAACCUAUAUAGAUAACAAAAUACGUUAGGUUUUUAAGAAUUAAUGUUGAUAAUUUCUUUUUCUCUUAUAUGAAUCCAGCA